GGAGGCAGGUCCUCCCACUUGAUUGUGGAUGAACGGUGAAGUAAGUUUUAGUUUAUUUGGGGAGUUUACUUCGCGACUAGAUGAGAGGCAGCUGGAUGAGGUGCGGACGCGCAAAGGAGCUCUGAGCUGAAGAUGCAGACCUCAAAGAGAAACUGUUUCCGUCUGGAUGAUUUCAUUGCAGGAUGGAUCGGCGGAGCCUCCAGUGUAGUUGUGGGCCACCCGCUGGACACCGUAAAGACUCGUCUCCAGGCGGGGAAAGGAUAUAAGAACAUGCUGCACUGUGUCCUCACCAUCUACAGGAAGGAAACCGCCGCAGGCUUUUUCAAGGGCAUGUCGUUCCCGCUGGCCAGCAUCACCCUCUACAACUCAGCCGUGUUUGGCUUCUUCAGCAACGCCCAGAGAUUCAUAAGCAAGUAUCGCUAUGGCGACGGUCGACAUCCAUGUGGCAUGCUGGACCUGACCGUGGCCAGCAUGCUGACCGGCCUGAUGUCUGUGGGACUGGGAGCCCCGGUCGACCUGGUCAAGAUCAGACUGCAGAUGCAGACGCAGUCGCUCCUAGCAGAGAACCUGCAACUUGCCGGCAAUGCAUCGAGCAGCACCAACAUCCCCCUGAGCUCCGUCGACAUCUCGGGCCAGAGACUCUACAGAGGCCCCAUCCACUGCAUCAGCAGCAUCCUGCAGACUGAAGGCGUCCUGGGGCUGUACAGGGGGGCUGGAGCCAUGGUCCUGAGGGACGUGCCUGGAUACACUCUCUACUUCAUCCCUUAUACCAUCUUCUGCAACCUGCUGACGCCUGACGACAUGUCCAGCCCUCACCCCUGCUCCAUUUGGCUGGCUGGUGGACUGGCAGGGUCAAUUUCCUGGGUGACGGCCACCCCGGCUGACGUGGUGAAGAGCCGAAUGCAGGCUGAUGCUCAACUGCAGAGGAAGUACAAGGGCAUCCUGCACUGCAUCAUCGACAGCUACAAGACCGAGGGACUGCAAGUCUUCUUCCGUGGUGCAUCAGUGAACGCCAUCCGAGGCUUCCCGAUGAGCGCCACCAUGUUCCUGAGCUACGAACUCUCCCUCAAGUUCUUCAGGAGCUUAUAAGACGAUGCAAUGUUGAUGGCAGAGUUGAAGGCAUGCACCGGGAUUUCUGGCACAAAAGCACAUGCAGUGUUUCCCACACAGUUUGCCAGUGAAAUCAGUGUGUUCCUUUGAGUUUAAGACCAUCGUUAGUUGGUCAGUCUGGGAUCGGCCUGUCCCACCAGCAGAACUUUACCUGGAUGGUGAUCCUCUGAACUUCAGACACCUGCAGCCUUUUCCAUGAAGACAUCGUUACUCAACUUUACGCUGGCUUUACUCUUGUGCAUUAUCACACAUAGUCACUGAAUACAUGCGAUACUACACAGGAGUGUCAGGCCAGUCUUGAAGUUCAUCAGUAAGAAAGGACUUAUAUUUUUAACUAUGAAUUAUAAGGGAAUAUGAGUUAAUUGUAAUAAUCCACUUGAAUGCUCGUGUGAAAACACUGACAUUUGCAGUACAUCUCUGAGUCUGGUUUGGGACAACACUACGUUAUAUUUCUCUUAAACACAAUACAAAACGUAGACAAAACAUCUAAGGGGUUUGGUUGUAUUAAGAUUUCCAUUAUACGAUUACAUUUUUUUUUUUUUUUUUAACGGUGAAGCUAGUCAAAUACAUAAGUGAUUUAACACAUAGAGAUGACAUGAUACAUGACACCACAUGCAUACAUACAGUUCUACAGCUGGACGUAAGCAUUGCAUUAAAUAGACUGUGGCAUAAGAGUAAAGGAUGAGUUGAUACUGCAAAUGACUGUAGGAAAGGAAGAAAAGAAAAAUGAGAAAAGAAAGCAAGAGAGAAAAAAAUGUUUAACCACUUGACAGUUUUUUCAUUGACUUUGUGGGUUUAGAUUCCAACUCUUCAUAUCGCUGUAUUUUAUGUUUUGUAGCUAGAAGGAGGAAAGGGAGAAAGACAUAAACAACAACAGUGUCCACCAGUGGGACAGGGCGUGCAACAUUAUGCAGAGGAAUUGACUUAUCUUUAUAAAAUAAUUAACUACAUCAAAUUAAAACAACAUAAGAACUGUCUUCGAUAGUGUAGCACUAAGUCCUGUGAUUGGAUUUGGAUUUUUUUCAUUUUGGUUCUGAUGGUUUUGUUUGAGUUCUAGUUUUGGGAGUGACUGUGGAUGCAGUGAUAGAAGGACAUAAGAGGGAUUUAUAUGUUUGCACGAGGGAUUGCAUAAUACAAACCAUAAAUCAAAUGUUUUUACACAAAUGUUUCAGGUUUUUUUUAUCUUGCACAUGAAGUAGAAGGUGAAACUAUAGCCUAAGGGUUCAAUUCCUAUUUUUUUUCUUUACAUUUUGUUGUUAUUUUUUUUUCAGUCUGUUUUUAAUUUGAACAUUGUUUUUGGGAAGUUUAUGAUAAUACCCUCAAUUGACCGAUGUAUUUCCAAAAAGUUUUUUUUUUUUUUUUUCAUGUACGCUGUGUUGAAAAGUAAUCCAAACCUGUGUUGCCCCAAACUACACACACUGGUUGUAUUGUAAAUGACACAGCCUUCCAUUCGCAACAUGUGAAAUGUUUUAUCCUGUGUAAAUGUCACAUCCAUGAAUGCACGCUGCGCAUUCAUCACGCCUUCCACUGCACAUGUACCAUAUGUGCAUCCCAUGUUACAGACCACUUGUACAUAUGUGCGUGUUUCUUAUAUUAAGAAAAGCGAAGGAGUUUUUACAAGUUAAUUUUAACUUUCUGUUAACAUACAAAAAUGUUUCCUGUAAUACCUCUCAAAUUCUUGAAUUCAGAUGCAUGAAAUAAUACAGUUAUGUUAUGGCUUUUUUUAAUCCACUGCAUUAAUUUACAAUCACUAGUUAAUCAACAGUUACAUAACCUUUACUACACAUAACUGCACGUAAAUGAAGUUUGAUUUUAAAAUGAGAUAUCCAACUUUUGAAAGAACUCACCUUCUUUCUUUUCUGAUUGCUUACAUGAAAGUAAAGCUCAGUGGUUGAUUUUUUGUUUUUUUUAACUUUCCCCUCCCUUGUGUUGUCUUACAAACUUCAGCUAGCAAAGUCUUUUCAAAAUGGAUAUUUAUCAUUUUAGAAUGAAAGCCUUCAAAGUAAUAGCCUUGCUUGCUGUCAGAAUUUAUUGUAGGUUUUUUU